AUGGCUAGUUCCGCACUUCACAGCGACAUGCAGAAGCCUCGUCCCAUAUGGACGCCUGUUAUACCACCCGCCCAGAUUCCCAUGAACAUAUAUCGUGCGCAUAUCAAUCGAAAGUUCAACCAGAACCUGCAAUCAUCGCAGGAAUUACAUCAAUGGUCGGUGAAGCACCUGCAAGACUUCUGGAUGGACCUCCAUCAGUAUACUGGCAUCGUCCCAGCCUUGCCUCCGAGUAUCACCGCCGCAUUUGAUGCCUCCAUACCCAUGGAAAGGGUCCCGGAGUUCUUUCGAGGGGCAACAGUCAACUAUGCAGAGAAUGUGCUCGCUGGUCGCGAUUUGAACAAGACGGCGCUUGUUGGCAUUCGAGAAGGUCAGAAUCUCGCCGGGGAGGUAUGGACAUGGGGCCGACUGCGUGAGAAUGUGCGGAAGGCAAGAAGUGCUCUGCUCCAGCUGGGCAUUCAAGAAGGCGAUCGAGUGGCUGCCAUUAUCUCUACCAGUGUGUGGUCAGUCGGGCUCUUCCUCGCUACGGCAAGCAUUGGCGCCAUCUGGACGAGCAUUGCGCCUGAUUUGGGUGAAGAAGGAUGUAUAUCACGCCUGCAACAGGUCGCCCCGAAAGUUCUGCUGGCCGACGCUGAAUCCACCUACAAGGGCAAGAUGCGAUCUAACGUGCUCAAGAUUCGCAAUGUCGAGCAAGCCAUGAAAACUAAGCCUCGGGUAUUUCUGAUCCCCAUCACGGGCUCCCACGAGCAGACGUUCCCGAGCCUGGAUGACUUCUUGUCUAUGUCGAGAAUGGGAGACGCCCUGGAAUUCAAGAGGCUAGCCUUCUCUCAACCAUUGUACAUCCUCUAUACUAGCGGGACGACCGGACAGCCGAAAUGCCUAGUCCACAGCCACAGUGUCAUCUUGCAACAUAAGAAGACAUCGGUUCUCCAUAACUCUCUGACGGAGCAAGAUGUCGUGUUUCAGUAUAGUAGUACCUCGUGGGUGCUCUGGAAUAUCAUGAUCGGCCACCUCUCAGUAGGCCCAACGCUGAUUUUGUAUGAUGGCUCCCCUUUGUGGCCCACUGCGAAGCACUUGACGAAGAUUGCCGCUUACCAUCGCGUCUCGUACUGGGGCUGCUCGCCUCGCUACCUCCAGGAGCUUGAGAUGACCAGGUGCAUCCCCAAGGAGGAGUUCGACCUGUCCUCGUUAAGAAUGGUUCAGACCGGUGGUUCUCACUUGGGUGCAGACCAGUAUCACUGGUUUUAUCGAGCAUUUCCUUCUCGCGUCCACCUCACGAGUGUGACAGGAGGCACUGAUCUGGUUACUUCGUGGAUUGGAACUGACCCGGCCGGGCCACUUUACCCGGGCGAGAUUCAGCUCCCAAUGUUAGGUCAGGAUGUGGACGUCGCGGACCCGAUCACAGGUAAAUCAAUCAGUACGACAGGCAAGCAGGGUGAAUUCGUGUGUCGACAGCCCUUCCCUUCGAUGCCGGUGUUUUUCUGGGGCGAUGAAAACGGAGCCAAGUAUAAAAGCACCUAUUUUGACAAAUUCGAAAAUUGUUGGGCUCAACAUGACUGGGCUAGCUAUAAUACCCAGACCAAGGGAUGGCAGAUCCAUGGCAGAAGUGACGGCGUGUUGAAUCCACAGGGCAUUCGAUUCGGAUCUUCCGAUAUCUACUCGAUCAGUGAAUCCGCACCCUUUAACGAAAUUAUUUCAGCCACUCUAUGUAUCGGCAGACGGAGACCCGAUGAUUCGGACGAAGAGGUCUUCUUGUUUGUCGUCAUGCAGUCCGGUAGGCAAUUCUCCAACCACCUCGCCCUGGAGCUGAAGGAUGCGAUCCGUAAGGGGCUAAGCAGCAAGCACGUUCCUCGGUUCAUCAUCGGCGUCUCGGAGGUUCCGGUGACUAUCAAUGGCAAAAAGAUUGAAAAUUUGGUGAAGCAAGUGGUAUCCACAGGUCAGUUGCCAAGAACGAUCAGCAGCACAGUGGCCAAUCCAGGUUGUUUGAAUCACUUUAAGCAGUACUACGCAAUCGAGAGAGCGAAGGAAGACAGAAGCAAGCUAUAG